GUGGCCGAAGAUGACCACAACUUAUGAGGAGGCCGAUGGCCCUGAUCUGAGGGUGCCAACUGAGGCCGAUGGUUUCAGUAUGGAUCGCAUGUCGUUUAUGAAGAGGGUGUAUCUAAAAACGUCCGAAGAACUGAAAGCUCAGCAGGCCGCUAAGUCGGCAGCCGAUGCGGGCCAACCCGCUACUGCUCCUACGACGAAGCCUCCCGUUCAGCCGAAGAAGAAACGGCCGGCCGAAGAGGGCCAGAAAAAGCUCACGGAGGCAGGCUUGAAGCCUACCAAGAAGUCGAAGAGGGUUUCUCCUUCUGGUGCUGACGUCGAGGCGCUGACCGUUCCGUGUGGGGGCGAAGGUGGCUCCAAUGCCGAUGUGGUGGUAGAUCUUACCUCGAGUCCUUCGUCCACUGGUGUAUCCAAACUUCCACUUGCCGUCGCGGCCUCCCGGAAGAAGGGGUCCAGUCGAGAGUUGGUCAGGGGGGGCUAUAAACUUGAGGUUGAGUGCCCCGUUAAGGGCGGUGUGUUCAACGAGAUUGUUGACGGCAAUGAGGUGAUCUCCCAGGCCGUCCCCGACGAGGACCGUGCUUAUCUUGGCAAGCUUGGCGAUGUCAAAAUCUACAACGGUGGGAUGGGCCACAUCGUCCAAGGUGCCUUUAUGCUGAUGGAGAGUUACAGAAGGCAGCAACUGGAGAUCACUCGGCUGAAGCAAAUCGAGCAAAAGGUGGCUUCGGCUGAUGAGGCUCUGAGCAGCUUGGACAGGCUGCGGCUCGAGGUGGAGGGGCUGAAGAAGAGGGCGGACGAGGCCGAUUUGCUUUCCGUUGAGAGGGACGGGUGAUACGUUCGUAAUUUCCAUUUCUAUGUUUAUGUUUUUAAUUAGUUUUGCUUGACUUUUACUUUGGAAAUUACACACUUUUGGUGUAAUAGAUUAGAUUGUUAAAAUUCUUGUAAAUAGGUUAGAUUAGACAUAUUCUGAGCUUAAGCAGGUUUUGGUCACCCAAAGUACAGUUGGUGAACCCAAAAAGUGAAGAGAAGGUGCAAAAGUUCAAAGACAAAAGAAGAUCCUGAAUUUUGGUCUAUACUCGGUCGAGUAUUAGAUAUACUCGAUCGGGUAUUAGGUUGGAACUUCAAAUCGGAUCAGAUCCGAAGACAAAGGAACAUGCAGGGAAGAUUUUGACCACGAUUCUAUGUCUAUACCCGAUCGGGUAGACCGACAUACCCGAUCGGGUAUGCCUUUAAAUUGCAAACGAAGAUCGGUCGAGUAUAGCCCGAAUACCACUUUCUAAGCAUACUCGACCGGGUAUUCAUAUAUACUC